AUGCCCAAGUCAACAUCGUUGAUGGAAAAGUGGACCAAGAUGCUCAAGAGAAGAGUCGAUAGGUGGUGGGGAUUGGAUCCUGAAUUUAAACACUACCUCCCCGAACAUCAGAAGGAAUACCGUACACCAUCACCUUCAUCUCAGGAGGAUGCUACCAUUCCUCGCCAAGCGUUCAUCAAGAACUUCCACAUUAAAUAUUAUCAACAAGAUUUCCGUAGAGGGGCUGGAUGGAACCCAGAACAUAUUGACACUAUUGUUUAUAGACAAGAAGUGAUAGAGAAUGCCCAAAAGGGAAAUUUAAAGUUAAUGCCAGGUCAACCUGUUGGACCUUUUUACGGAAUGGAUAUGGACAAGAAGGCUGCUUACGUAAUUGAUGAGAGAGAAAUUAAGCAAGUCUAUACAUACAAUGUGGAUCGUCAAAUUUUCAAACCAGAAAGUGCCAAAUCGCAUGAUCAAAUUGCUGCUGAAAAUGAGGCACAAAAGCUCUAUGCCAACGCCCAAAAAGUUGAUUUUGUUGGAAAGAAGUAA